CCCAAAGCAGUCUUCCCAUCGAUGCGCAUAUCCUUUGCGACAAAGAACUACCGUAGACAAAUACAUAUCUACCGUAGCCUUUAACCUAAAUAUUUUGGCCGCCCACGUCACGAGAACAGGAUUCACCGUAACUAACAGAAACUGCGGUGGACUCUCUUCAGCUCUCACCGGGAAAUAUCGCAAUAUCUUGUUCAGAUUCACUUAUCUAUUUGUAACCGAACUUUCCUCUUCUUUUUUUUUUCCUCCGCUGUCGAACCCCAAGGCGUCAGCCUCUUGUCUUACCCCCCGCCACGUUGCACCCAAAUCUACGAUGAGUUAGGAACAUAAGACAAGUAUUAGAUCAGGUACCGGUCCAGCGCAGAAGGAAGUGUGUAAGUUAGAAAAAGGAACGAGAGAGUCUGGGUGUUUGUGAAUGACGGACCGAGCAAUUGAAUAUCGAAAAACAUGGCAUCUAACGGGUUCCAUGCAACUGUCCUCCACCGCGUAGACGACGAUGUCCAAAGCGACGACGGGAGAUAUGGCAAUUCGGGUGGCGUUACUCCUAAAUCGCAGCUAGGAUCACAGUCGAGACCAAGAAUAGGGUCUAGCAAUAAUAGCAGUACCAGUACGAGGAUGACAUAUUCGGAUACGCUGGGACCACGUUUCUCCAAUUCCACCAAUUCUAUCGGCAAAACGAACGCGGAUGACCUGAACCUUGACGCCAAUACUAAUUCUAAUUCUAUUACCCACGCAGCCGUAGCGCAAGUACCAACCCACGCACACGCACACGCACACGCAAAUAACGCCGCUCGCGGCCACGGCCACACCCAAACCCACAAUGGGAACACUGGUGCCGAUUCAAGCAGCAGUAUCAGCAGCAACAAGAGGAAUAGCACUUCUCCGACCGCUACGGCGACGAAACCACUAGAUUUUCAUCAGCCCGCCGCCACAACCACAAUAAUCAUAACCAACAAUCAUAAUCCCACCACCAACACCAAUACCACUUCUUCCUCAUUCCUCCUUUCUCCAUCGCCAAAAAACAACUUGUCCGUCGCAUCUAUCACGACGCCUGCAUCACCUACAUCGAGAUCGACGACGCGACCGCCACCCAUUACAACCACAUCCCUCGCGCAUCCCUAUAGCAACGCGUCGCAUCAAUUGUCAACUUCUUCGUCGGCACUGCUGGCGUCAUCGUCUUCCUUACCUCCUCUGGCUCCUCCGCCGGGAGCCUUAAGUUCAAUUAUGGCAUCAUCGUCUGCGAUGUCAUCUACAAAUGGUGCAAGUGCAUCGCCGCUACAGCCUCCUAAAACCUCCGGCCACCUCUCGCCGCCCGAUUACCAUCAACCAUCCAGAGAGAAGGUGCCAGGGAGUUUUUACGACCCGCUUACCGAUACAACCAGGGAGAGGAGAGUUUCCGAUAACUGGUCUAAGCAGCGAUCUGACCCAUAUGAUUUCCUGCAGUCCAAAACCGAAUCCAACCAAUAUUACAAUGGUUACGGCUCGCCUUCGCCUGUGAAUGCAAAAUAUCCACGAAGUCCGCAUUCUCACUCGCACCCCAAAAACGACGGUCGUCCGACCAGCCCUUCCAACAAAGCCCUUAAUUUAGGAUCUCCCCCCUCGCGUCACAACCGCACUGCGCUGGAUUCCAUCACUUCUACCAAUCGCAACACCUCCACACCAGCACCCUCAUUGCCAUCAUUAUUAAACCCGGAACCAACUUCAUCAUCAAAUACUCCCAGCCGUGCAGCUGAGUUGAUGUCCUUCUCCAAUAUCCUUUCUAGUGCCGAGCCUCUUCCGAAACCCCGGGCUCCCAUCAUGGCAGAACUCAAAGAAAAGCCAGCUCGCAAGAGCAAGGCACGCGAGUCGACCCUAAAGGACUCUGAAGGAAGUUCCAGAAAAGAUUCGCGUCGCGCGUCUGCGAACCACGCGAAAGACACCCCUUCAAGAGCUCCUAAAAGGCAGGCUAAUGGCCAGGUCAAGCCGAGAACCCUCUCAGCCGACAAGGAAAAAAAGAUUCAGAGCUUACUUGAUCAGCUCGAUGCCGAGAUGGAAGAUGUCGAUCUGUCCGAGCUCGAAGCCGAAGAGGAGUUCUUUCAUGGACGCCUAAAGAAACGAAGGUUAGAUAUUGAGAAUAUGGAAUAUGAAGACCACGUUGCUCGAAGAAAGGACUUGGCUUCCUCGCUUUCGAUGAAGUUGAAUGAACAUGCGAACUACGGCAGGCGUCGAUACGACUCACUCCAUUACGAUGAUGCCCUACAGGAAGUCCGGGAACGUGAAAUUUACGCCGAGAAGGAGCGCAAAAAGGACAUGCAGCGUAAGAGGCGCAGAGAAAAGUCCAUGCAAGUCACUAUCGAGCAGAAGGAGGCGGCGUUGGCGAAAGCCCUUGCUGCCGAAGACGAUGCCGAGCGAGCGAAAUGGUUACGUGACGCGGAGCGCGCAAACAAAAAGGCCCAGCAAACGAAGCUAAUCCUGCAAAAGGGUAUAAAGGGCCCGGCGCGAAACUUGGCACCGCUUGAGUUAAAUCUUGAAGGUGGCACGAUGUCGACUUUCCAAGCGACUGAUCUCGAGGCAGGCACCAAGAGCAAGGGCAAGGGCCGUAGUGGCAACCGUCCGAAGAAGUCCAAGGAGCAGAAACAAGCCGAGAAGGAUUCAGCCAUUGCUGCCCAAGCUGCAUUGGACGCGGGUGAAGAGUUGCCAACUAGAGAAGAGACCAAGAUCCGCAUAAAGUUAAGCAAGUCUUCGUCCAAGGAGCCCAAGGAGAAGGAGAAGGAAGCCAAGGACACCCCGGCUAAGGAAUCAAAAGAGAAGGAAAAGUCUGUGGAAGAACCUCCGCUCAAUCCUCUCGAGACCAAGUUCCAGUCCAAGGGCUACAAUCAGAUCUAUGACCAGAUCUGGCGCGAUCUUGCACGCAAGGAUGUCCCAAAGACAUUCAAGUUGGCAAGCGAUUCCUACAGCACGAAGGCGUCAAAUCUUAAAAAGACGGCCAUCUUGGCUUCGAAAGAGGCUAGACGUUGGCAACUUCGUACCAAUAAAGGUACCAAAGACCUCCAAGCUCGUGCUAAGCGUUGUAUGCGUGAUAUGAUGAGCUUCUGGAAGCGUAACGAACGCGAAGAGCGCGAUCUUCGAAAGGCAGCAGAGCGUCAGGAACUCGAGAAUGCUCGCAAGGAGGAAGCCGACCGCGAAGCCGCCCGUCAAAAGAGGAAGCUUAACUUCUUGAUCUCUCAGACCGAGUUAUACUCACACUUCAUCGGCAAGAAGAUCAAGACGGACGAAGUCGAGCGUAGUACCGAUAACCCGGAUAUCGCACCGGAUGCUGGUGCCGCUGCCAAACCCUCCGACGUUGAUGUUGCGGAGCCAUCAGGCCCUAUCGGCAAGAAGGUUACAGACUUUAAGAACCUAAACUUUGACGCUGAGGACGAAGAGACCCUGAGACAAGCGGCUAUGGCGAAUGCUCAGAAUGCUAUUGCGGAAGCCCAGGCGAAGGCCCGAAGCUUCAACAAGCCUGAUAAUGACAUGGACGAAGACGGCGAGAUGAAUUUCCAGAACCCGACUGGCCUUGGGGAUGUGACGGUCGAGCAGCCAAAGUUGUUGAACUGUCAACUCAAGGAGUACCAGCUAAAGGGUUUGAACUGGCUUGCCAACCUCUACGAACAAGGUAUCAACGGCAUUUUGGCAGACGAAAUGGGUCUCGGCAAAACUGUCCAGUCUAUUUCCGUCAUGGCGUACCUCGCCGAGGUUCACGAUAUCUGGGGUCCGUAUCUCGUAGUUGCGCCUGCCUCUACUUUGCACAACUGGCAGCAGGAGAUAGCCAAGUUCGUUCCCGAAUUCAAGGUGCUCCCGUACUGGGGUACUGCUGGCGACCGAAAAGUGCUUCGCAAGUUCUGGGAUCGAAAGCACAACACGUACCGCAGAGAUGCGCCUUUCCAUGUCCUGGUCACGUCGUACCAGCUGGUUGUCUCAGACGUUUCAUACUUCCAGAAGAUGCGCUGGCAAUAUAUGAUCCUCGAUGAAGCGCAAGCUAUCAAGAGCUCACAGAGCUCUCGUUGGAAGUGUUUGCUUGGGUUCCACUGUCGCAACCGAUUACUCCUUACCGGUACCCCUAUCCAGAACAAUAUGCAAGAACUUUGGGCACUACUACAUUUCAUCAUGCCUUCCUUGUUCGACUCGCACGAUGAAUUCAGCGAAUGGUUUUCCAAGGAUAUCGAAUCGCACGCUCAGAGCAAUACAACGCUAAACGAGGACCAGCUUAGGCGGCUGCAUUUGAUCCUCAAGCCAUUUAUGUUGCGCCGAGUCAAGAAGCACGUGCAAAAGGAACUUGGCGACAAGAUUGAGCUCGACGUUUUCUGUGAGCUUACUUAUCGACAGCGUGCUUAUUAUAGGAACCUGCGAAACCAAAUUAGUAUCAUGGAUCUGAUAGAGAAGGCAACGCUCGGAGACGAUCAAGAUUCAGGCACGUUGAUGAAUCUUGUCAUGCAGUUCAGAAAAGUUUGUAACCAUCCUGACUUGUUCGAGCGUGCCGAUACGACAAGCCCGUUCUUCACUGGUUACUUCGCCGAAACCGCUUCGUUUGUUCGUGAAGGCAAUAACGUUUCAGUCGGCUAUUCGACUCGCAACCUCAUUGACUACCAGCUACCGCGCCUUGUAUGGACUGAAGGUGGCCGGUUGUAUAAAGCCGGGAAAGAUAACGAGAAGGCUGGCUUCAGGAACAGAUACCUAAACCAUCUCAUGAAUAUCUGGACGCCAGAAAACAUACGUGAAAGCACAUCUGGUAAUGACGGGUUCUCAUUCCUUCGAUUUGCCGACGCCAGCCCGGCAGAAGUUUAUAAAGCCAGCCACCAAGAUGUAUUUUCGCGAGCUGCCGAUCUUAUCCGGAAGAACAAUCGACUUGGUCGCAUGAAUGUCAUCUACGAUGAGCCUGGUGAGGAGAACUAUACUCCUGCCCACGCCCUAUUCCAAAUCACGGCGCGUUCGGAUCGUAAACCUCUGGCGGAGAUCACGAGCGGAGGUGUGCUAGACAGUCUUAUGAAUGUCUCUCGCACAACAUGGCGAGAUUUGGGUCUCGGUCGACUUGAGCAAGCAGCCUUGCCCGGUGCUUCCGCUCCGCCUAUCCAAGUUUCAUGCGAAGGUGCCCGAGCUCCCGUCGCUGAGCGCGAGGAUACGCUAUUUAAUAUGAGGAUGCGGAAGAUCCUCUAUGGGCCUAACCAGCCGGAAGAAAAGGCGCUUGUUUUGCAGAAUGUCCCAGUCGAACAAUACCCGCCACCCGCGAUGUUUCCUCAACCCGAUAGUGAAAAGCGGAAGUUUACGAAUAUCACCGUCCCCAGCAUGCAUCGUUUCGUGACCGACAGUGGAAAGCUUGCCAAGUUAGACCAGUUAUUGUUCAAGCUAAAGGAGGAAGGCCACCGCGUGCUACUAUACUUCCAAAUGACGAGGAUGAUUGACCUCAUGGAAGAGUACCUUACCUACCGUAACUAUAAAUAUUGCCGUCUAGACGGCUCCACUAAGUUGGAGGAUCGUCGCGAUACUGUUCACGAUUUCCAGACGCGUCCCGAAAUCUUCGUCUUCUUGUUGUCGACCCGUGCUGGUGGUCUUGGUAUCAAUCUUACAUCUGCUGACACAGUUAUCUUCUACGAUAGCGAUUGGAAUCCUACAAUUGACUCGCAAGCUAUGGAUCGCGCACAUCGUCUUGGGCAGACCAAACAAGUCACUGUUUACCGUCUCAUCACGCGCGGGACUAUUGAAGAACGCAUCCGGAAGCGCGCGAUGCAGAAAGAAGAAGUGCAACGAGUUGUCAUCCAGGGUGGCGGUGCUCGGGGCGUCGAUUUCAGCGGACGUCGUCCAGCUGAGAAUCGCAACCGCGAUAUUGCUAUGUGGCUUGCCGACGACGAGCAGGCUCAACUUAUCGAGCAACGCGAGAAGGAGCUUCUCGAAAGCGGCGAGCUGGAGAAAGCACCGAAGAAACGGGGCGGCAACAAACGAAAGCGGGAAGCGGUUAGUUUGGAUGAAAUGUAUCAUGAAGGCGAGGGUCAUUUCGAUGACGGUAAUAAACCCUCUGGUACCGCUACCCCCGUCGAGGCCGGAGAUUCAAAGGCCGCAAAGAAGCGGAAAGGGGGUAGCAAGAAGGCCAAGACAACCAAGCAGCGACUUGCCAUUGCCGACGGCGAGAUCGAUAUUUAAUCCUUUAUCUCGAUUCAUGGAUUGACCUAUGAGACCGAGAGCAAUGCUUCCCGAG